AUGCAUAUGAGGUCGCCUACUACCGCGACACGGUCGCGGCGCGAGCUCGAGGGUGCACCCGGCGAGCUCGAGUAUGAGGAGAACGCGAUGCCUGCUAUGGCUCGCAUAGCGACAAUGAACUCGGUGCAGAUCGUCGGAGAUGUAGUCAUCGUGUCGCAUCUGACGCUACGAGAUCUCCUACACCUGACUUGGGCGUCCAGACACUUCCGUGAGAUGCUCAUGAGCAAGUCGCGGAAGCACCUCUGGGCGGCCGCCAGGCGCAAUGACCCCGAGCUGCCUGACCCGCCUCCGAGUAUCAGUGAACCUCGUUUAGCAGCUGUCCUCUUUUCUUCUUACUGUUUCGGAUGCGGAAAUCGCGGCCAGAAAUACGACUACGGAUUGGUUGUUCGCUACUGUGGCUCGUGCUGGAAAUUCAACUUGAAACGAGGUUUCACCAUCGAGAGGCAGUACCGUUUGGCUUGGGAUGACCCUGUCUUCCAGCUUCUGCCAUGCUCGCGAAAUUCUUUAGAUUACAUCAACGCGCAGAUGUCCAACAAAGACCUUGAUUCCUACGAUGUUGCGGAAUUUCAGAGUGUUCUUGGCCAGUAUAACUCGCUUCGAGACUUCGGAGACGAAAAGGCGCUGCAGAAAUUUGUUGAUGAACGCAAGCAGUAUGUUCGAGUCAUGCAUGAGUUUGCUAAAUCGCUCCAGGAAUGGCAAAUCAAUCAGAAGGCUGCCAUGCGUAGCGUGGAGGACUCCAGAGCGGAAAGUAUUAAGCAGAAACUCUUAGAGCUUGGCUACACGGCGUCAGACUUUCCUGAGGGAGGAUGGGGCAUCGAAAAUUAUACCUAUUCCCAAUGGCUGCACAUCUUGAGGCAGCCUCGCGAAUUGACACCACGCAUUUGGAAUAAUAUUCGUCCCCGACUCGAGAAAAUUUUAGCCGACCAGAAGUUGCUGCGAGAAGAGCAAGCACGUAGAAAUCGCCGAGUACUACGAAAACUAGAGCUGCGCGACGUGUAUGAGAUGUUCCUGCCCGAGGCCCCUGUAGACGAUGGGCCGUUCCCUACUGCUUCAGACGCCAUACUCAUCCCAGAGAUAUGCUCCCUGCUGGAGGAAGAUGAGGCGCGUAUCGAGAUGACAGAAGAACGUCUCCUCACAGUUCUUCCUGCGCUUCAGGAACAGGCGCGUAAGUUCAAGGUAGAACUUGUCGAGGCUGCGUGGACACACUAUGCCAGGCUCUCCGAACCUGAGCGUGGGGUAACGUGCUAUUGUGAGCCCCUCGACGUCUUCGACUUCGACCUCACGCCACCGCGGCACGAUCCCGCGUUGGACGUGAAGAAGCUGAAAUGUAUACCAAAGGACAUGGAGUAUAGAUCCGAAGACGUCCUCGACCUCGCAACGGCCCUUUUCCGGUGCUACUUCUGCGUCGACAUCGGCGACGAGCCUCUCCCGGAUACUGCCGUGUACAGCAUCACUGAACUUGCGAAGCAUGUGCACACCAAGCAUAACAGGGAGAACCGACGUCCCAUCAAGCUACCGGUCGAUAGCCGGGUGGCGCGGAAGGUUCUGAGCAAACUCGGGCUGCCGGAAGACAUUCGCUACUCAGAGAUAUCUGGGAAAAUCGUGUGCGAGUGUGCAACGUUAUCUCAUCCGGCUACAUUCGCGCAGAUGGUCUCGCACAUCAUGUGGGAAACCUCAUUCUACCACGCUGCCAGUGAUUGCCGCAGUGCUUCAGAGUGCCCUAAGAACGAGGUUCUCGUCCACGAUCACGACCUCGACAAAGGCCCGUCCUUCAUUCGUCUGCUAGGGGACGGUGAGAGCUUCGAACAGCCGCCGCUGUCUCCUGACGAACAGGAGCUCGUCGAGACUUGGUCUGACACCUUCAACGGCAGGAACAUCAUCUGUAAUGUCUGCGGCAUGUGCACGACUAUCCCAGAGAGCUCCGACUUCUGGCGGCAGCACGCGGACAUGGAUGAUUUCCCAUACGUACCACAAGCGCCAUGCAUGGAACCUGACGAGCUGGUGAGGCAUGUGAAGACAAAGCAUGCGCGCAACGCCAAAGUUGACGACGCUCGGGAAGCGCCACCGGAAUUGCCUUGGUAG